AUGCCGGAAGUCUAUAGACACCCUCGAGCAGUAACCGCAAGCAGCAGCUCGAACAUGGUUGGCUCAUGGCCAUCAGUGACAUCGACAUCUGCUCCUCAUCAGGCCUACAAUCCACCGCCAACCGUGAACAAUUCCUCAGACAACUACCCCAUCGGGUCAAACAACUAUGUACUCCAUACACUGCCAACGAACGAAAGCUUUGUAACAAGCUAUUCGGAACCACGAAACAUGUCCGACAUGUCUCUCAUAUCAUCCAUUCCUGAGGAAGCACCCCCUGAUCUAGGCUGGCCCGAAAGCUCAAUGUCUUCAUCAGCCCCUACAAGCACAUUCUCGACUCCCCCGGAUAACACCAGGCGCUCACAGUUCUCCGUGCCAACAACGAACGGGUCUUGGAUGACUGCGACUCCAACUUACCCAACUACUGCAAAUGACAUCACUGCCAGUCUGGACAGCAACACAUACCCUGGCUCGUAUUCAUAUACCGACACUCCGCCACAAGCAUAUCCUUCUGUCUUUGGCGAUAUGGAUCUUGCAUUACCUGGAUACUCCGAAGGCCCUUCUUUCAGCACUACCAACCAGAUCCCUAUUCCUACAGUUCGUAGCAUGUCCCCCUCGUUAGCUGUCGCUCAAUCUGAGACUUUAGUAGCUGUCCCCUCGCUGCCAGCAUCAGAUGGAGUUUUCGGAUUGGGGGCAUGUAGCUCUGGGCCUUCGGAUGGUAGCUUAUUGAGUACUCCUGAUCUGAUGCCCCUAUCUCUCUCUACAGCAACGAGAGACUCAAUUCCGACAUAUUUAGAAACCUACUGGGAGCAUGUCCAUCCCAAGAACCCCAUCAUACAUAAGCACACUUACGAGGAUGUACCCGAGGAGGAGACAGAGCAUGUACAUGUGCUCCAAUGCGCCAUGGCUGCUCUGGCGACACAAUAUAUCCCUAAUGCAGACGACCGCAUGAAGGGAGCACAGCUUCAUGCAUACGCCUGGCAAAAGUCAAAAGUGGUUUUUAAUCGUCACCAUGAAUCUUCUUCUGGCUCUUCGACCCAAGGUCAGUCGGCUUGGAAGAUCUGGGUUGCUGCAGAAACUCAACGACGACUGCUGGCUGCCUGCUUCCUCCUGGAUGUCCACAGUUCACGGUAUCAUCAACGACCGUAUGUUGCCGCCAUUGGCCUGGACUACACUGCUCCGGACGCUCUUCCUAUUCCACUCACAGCAACAACAACAAAAUCUUGGGAAGCACAUGAUCCUCAAACAUGGACACGACUACGGACAAGAAAGGACCCGAAAACCAUCUCAAGCAUCAACAUCAGGACACUCUCUGCCACUGAUGUAGCAUCUCUGCCUGCCUUUGACGCGGCAAUCUUGCUUGCAGCAUGUUCAUUAUUUAUUUCGCGUCGUCAGAACCCAGCACACGUUGGCCUGAUGGAUGGUGCACUGAACUUUGAGUCGGAGAGAAUGCUUAUGUUAGGAGUAUUUCCUGACUCGGCAGUUGCCAGCACCUACCUAGCCCUUCACUACACACCUCUUUACUACCUAUUAUCAGUAUCUGGGCAGAGCUGGGUCUUCAACAAGAAGGUGACAGACUUCAAUGUCUUUGUGGAACACCAGAAGUUACUAGGCGAAUGGUGCAAAUCUAGCACAGCUGCGAUUGCCACGGUUUUUGCUGCCCGUGCUUUGAACAUGUUCCUUAAGCUCAAGGCUUCAUCCGAUCGGGAAGAAGACAGAAAAGGAAAAUUCAGCCAGCAACAAGCAGUACAUUGGACAGAUAUUUCGGACUACUGGGGUGCUUACGUUUGCUCGUUGAUCUGUUGGGCCUUUGGUAUUGAGGAUAAACAGGACAGGGAUAAUACCAAAAAUUUGCCAAAAGCUCCAAAGCAGUGGAUCUUGACAGUUGCAGAUCUGGAGCCGUCUGAGUUGCAAGCUCAGAAUCACCGCAAUGGGGCUCAAAAGGUUAUGCCGUGA